UUCAUUGUUUCUUUUUUAUUUGUUUUUAUACAAUUGCGCACAAUAAAAUGUUUUAUGCUUAACAUUGUGGUUGGACAGUGAAUUCUCGCUGUCAUCAAAGUUAAACUGUACUCUCUUAUUUGUGGUGGCUGCUUUCAAUACUGCAAAAAAUUUCAUUCCUGAGGUCAUUUGGGGAAAAAAAGAACUGCAAAUAUUUCAGUUUAAUCUUGCUUAUAUGAUACUCUCUUUGACAUGAGCUUAAAGGGAUAUUACGGCGUAAAAUUAAGUUAGGGUCAAACACACCAUAACACCGAGUUAGACACCCCAACUUUAAUAACGACAAUAACGAUAGCAAUACACAGCAGUCUCAGGAGCCAUAAACAAAACGCCACUCUAUAGCCACAGAUAAUGCUCAGAACAGCACCUAACUUCACCAACAGUACAUAUAGGGUCCUAGCCACAGUUCUAGCCACCAAACAUCUUUUUAACUUUGCCUAAUUUCUUUAGCAAAGAGACUAAACACAACUCACCUAGUUUCUUCCAGCAGCCGCUUGUUUGUAGUGAGACCUCAAGCCAGUCCAUUACGGACUGCAGCGGAGUGACGCAGUUCAAGGAAGAACAUUUAUGAUCAUGAUUUUAUCAUUUCCUUGACGUAAUAAUCACCAUAUUAAUCAUUUUGCACUGCAGACGUGGUAGUUCUUCUGCCUUAGUGUCUCGGUCUGAUUGCAUUUCCAUGAAGUAAUAAUCAUAAAUGUUCUUCCUUGAGCUGCGUCACCCCGCUGUAGUUCAUAAUGGACUGGCCUGAGGUCUCACUACAAACAAGCGGCUGCUGGAAAAGAGUAGGUGAGCUGUGUUUAGUGUCUUUGCUAAAGAAAUCAGGCAAAGCUAAAAAGAUGUUUGGUGGCUGGGACCCUAUAUGUACUGUUGAUGAAGGUGCUGUUCUGAGCAUUAUUUGUGGCUAUAGAGAGGUGUUUUGGUUGAGGUUUGUUUCUGGCUCCUCAGACCGCUGUGUAGUACUAUUCUGUGGUCAUUACUAAAAUUGGUAUAACUAGAGAAGCAAGCGGUCGGCGUCAUUCAUCUCUCGAGGGGGUGUCUAACUCGGUGUUAUGGUGUGUUUGACCCUGAAUUAAUUUUACGUUGGAAUAUCCCUUUAACUCAAUUUUUGGCUGUUAAAUAAUAUUCCCCAAACUAAAAACAACAAUGAUUAACUAAGCGGUCAAGAUUUUUAUAGACAUAGAGAUCCAUUUUUUAAAAAUUUAAUUUAAUUCACAGUUUUUUAUAAACACCUGGAAAAUGAUGACACACCAUCAUGAUAAGCAGUCCACACUCCAGUGAUGGAUUUAUGAGAUUAUUUUUCAUUACUGCCUGUAUUUGUGGACAUUUGUGAGAACAAUCAUUGGAUUACAGCGCCCUCUAGUGUGUGAAAACUCUACUGCAAUCCACAGCCAGUUAAAGAAGAAGAGACUUCAUUAUCAACUCUUCUGUCAGGACAGGGAAAUCAUAACAAGACAGAAAUAAAACUCUUAACGUUAAGUCUUUCUCGCUGCGGGUGCCGUAAUUAUCCUAACACAUGCGCACUUAGAAUUCCAGAGCGGUUAAAAAGGCGAGGAGUGGUUGGUAUGAACGCAGUAUUUAACGAAUGCGGAAGUAACAGUCUGGUAUCAUCUUGCUCCCCUCUCGCUGAAAGCCUGCAGUUUCCCUCCCUGACUCUCUGACAGAGGGAGUACCGCUUUAAGAUCAGGGCGUAUCCACUUUUGAAGAAUUAGGAAAUGCGCUGAUGUUUCUGAGAGAAGUCCCUCCUUUUUUACUCUUAGUUUGAUCACACGGUGACUGUCCGCCUGUCGUCCACACACAAACAGGAGUCCACCGACCACCUGACGGAUCCAUCACUCCCCCGGACCCUCCAGCCUGCAGCGGUCCUGUCCGUCAAUGGCUGAUCUCAGCGUCGUUACGCGUAAGUUUUCGCCUUUUUAUUUUGGAGCAUCUCUGGAGUGGAAACGAAAAGGUUAAGCUGUCAGGCGAUCACGUUUACUUCCACCUCAUCCUCUUCGGAAAAGUUUAGUCAGUCUAACUUUACUUGUCUUUUUUUGUGUGUAUGUUGACAUCCCACAAAGUGCACUCAGCAGAAGAGGAAAGUUUGAGGAGGACACUGCCGUCUUUGUCUUACUCCAAAUUUAGAAACACCGCCAAUAUUUGGAAGAAGGAAAAAUCCUGUAGAGCACCCCUGAAAGCUGCAGAUACUGAGGAGAGGUUGCCUCAAAUGUCUUCAACUGCAUGACACUCUAUGCUGCCAAAUAGUGUUGUUUCGUUCGCGAACGAUUCGUUCAAAAGAACCGAAUCUUUUAUGUGAACGUAUUGAACCGAAUCACUUCCCUGAGUGAUUCGUUCGUUUCUCACUUUAGUAGAGCUGAAGUGAGAAACAACAUUGACAGGCCAGCAGCCGACAAACGAGGGACCACAUGCACCGACGCCUGAAUCACUUGGUGAACGAAUCACGCAUUGAACUCGUCUCUCUGGAAUCAUUUUUAUCAGACAAAACUACAUGUUUUUUUCACUGCUAAAUUGCCACCACAACAACUUGCAUACAAUAGGACAAAGCAUGUAACAAGUAGCGCAUUAAACCCUCAACAUCAUAUCAUUGCAGCGGUUUGCGAGGGAACGGUGCAUGUUCAGUAUGAAUUCUUUUUCCACGACAAAGAUGUGACAUUGAGGAGCUAAACAUGAGUCUUAGACGAAUGUGACGAGACAAAUGUGCGUUUACAUUGACGAGACCAGACCAGACGAAAAAGAUAGUGGUGGACGAUGAACAGAGUUGCAAAAUUUAUGAGCAUUUCGUCAGUCAAACAUUCUGCAGUGUUGUUUUCGAUGACGUAGACGAAAAUAACGAAUCACUCACUGACCCCAAUUUACCAAGCAGACCUGAUACAUAGCAUACUAUAAGACAGUACACUUAAAACAUCACGACUUAUAAACAAACUUUACAAACCUGUUUGCCAAAGCAACACAGCCACACACUCUCAUCUCCUGGUCCCAGGAGCAAUGAACUGAACUGAAUCCUGAACUGUUCUGCUGUGUAUCAGUCCAGGAGGUCAUAGUCGCAGGCUUCUCCCGCCAAGCGCAAAAUGAUUUGGUGAUUUGGGGAACGAAUCUUUUGAACGAAUCUUUUUAGUGAACUGAUUUUAGUGAUUCAGUUCAUCUAAAAGAACUGCUGUGCCCAUCACUACUCUCAAACUAAAUUCCCUUUCUAGUUAAAUUUCAGCCAUCCUUAAAAUACAGAAUUUGAUGCAUAAAGUUGUUGUACUUACGACAAAUUUGCGUUAAAAUGCACUGAGCUACAAGUAUGUUUUAACAUUGAAAUAAAACCCAAAGGCUAUUAAGAUGUAAAGAAGAGUCCUGCUGUUGCUGUGCAUGCGUCUUCUUUAAGAAAAAAAAAAACAGCCUGUGUUUAUUUCAGUCUACGCUGAUGAUGCUUUGAUUUUCUUGGUAACCUUUCAAAACGCUGGGCCUGGUUCCAUUUUCCAUGGGGAGGCCAGAAGAGUGUGUGCCAUGCGAAAGGCCAAGGCUGUAUCCAUAUGCUCAUUUAAUUGGAGAAAGUCACACUCUGCAAUGCGUCUUUGUGUGUGUGUCCAGACAGCACAAGCCUUUGGCAUGUCUCUGAGAGGUGCUGAGUGCCAAAGACAUUUGCUAAUGAAUCAAACUGCAAAUGGAGCAAACAGAAGCAGAUAAGCUUGAUUUAUAAAUUGGCUCAGAAUGCCUUUUGUUCCUUUAUUCAUUUAUUUUCUUUCACUUAAAGAUGACUAGCUUGACACGUCUCUUUAACUCAGACAAGUAUAUGUUCAAGGUUGUUGUUGUUCCCAAUCACACAUGGGUGAGGAUAACAGGUGAAGUAUCUGGAGCUACAUUAUUAAUGUUACCUCAGCAAGGAGCUCCUUCAUCGCACAGUCUUGGGGCAAUUAAGGAGCUAUUCAUACCUCACAUGUGGUGAGGGCAGAAAAAUGUGAUCAUUUAUUGAUACAGAAAUUGAAAUCCAUGAGAAAUUUGAUCACUUCUAGACGAUGAAGCCUCAAGCUCUCUAUUUCCAAUCUCUACAUUUGCUGCUCUCAGAUGUCUGCUCAGAUAAUUCUACUGUUUUCUCACAGUUACAGACCAGUCAUUUCGUCUAUCCUCAGACUAAACUUGUUCAAAAGUGUGACAUAGACUUGCGCCUUCUGAAUUGCUUGUUUGCUUUUAAAAAAAUCUGAUAAUUUAUCAGACAAAACGUUGAAUUUUCGGCUCGCUGAUCGUGAUGCAGCAUCAGAAUGCAGUUGGGCAACAAAACAAGUGCUUGCUUGCUUGCUAACCGGCGAGGGUGAAUGAAAUCCAGCCAACGCAAACGCCUUGGUACUUUUUUAAAUCACAGGGAGUGUAAAAAGUUGUGAAUAAACUCAGCUGCCGAUUGAAUGAACUUUUGAAGGUUGAGAUAACAGGUCUACCGCUGAGAUGUGGUAAGUGUUUGUCAGCAGGUCUCAGAUUUGCUUUCAUAGCUGCUCAUGAUUUCCUGAAUAUGAGGAAAUGAGUAAGCCACAGAUAGACGCUGAACCUUUUAACCCAUCAGCGUUAGGUGUGUUGCUGCAGGCCACAAAUUCUACUCUUAACGUGUUGUUGCUGUCAGGUACAGCAUGUCACUUUUUCUGCAGUUAAGAGCAGAUUCUUGACUGGCAGGCUUUUUUACAGUAUGGGAAAGUGAGGCAGUUCAGUUUUAGUGACUUUAGGACAAAAAAAGUGUUUGUAUGUGUCAUGACUUUUAUUUAGUUCUCGUAAAUAUAAAAUUCUGUAUUUUCCAGAACAGAUUUAUCCAGGGUAUCUGCAGGGAAUUUAAGGCAUUGAAAAUGUCCAAAACUCUCUUAAAAUCUCCUGAUACAAGUUUUUAAUUUCUGAUACGAUACUGAUAUUGUAGCCUUCAGUAUUGUCCGAUACCGAUAUUGUAGCCUUCAUUAUUGUCCGAUACCGAUAUUGUAGCCUUCAUUAUUGUCCGAUACCGAUAUUGUAGCCUGCAGUACUGUCUGAUACCGAUAUUGUAGCAUUUAGUAUUAACCGAUACCGAUAUUGUAGCAUUUAGUAUUAACCGAUACCGAUAUUGACCUGAUUUUAGUACAAACUUGUGCAUGAUAAGUUUUGCACUCAGUUGCAACGUCUUUUCGGACCUUAGCGAAAAAUACUGCCACAGGGCCGACAUCACUCCUACUCCUUGCUUUGUUAGUACUUAAGUACAGCCUGUUGUUCUAAACACAUAGGCUCUACAUGCUGGAAGCUGGUAGAUAGAGGUGCUGGAGCGGAGUCUUGAACGGACUGCUUGUAUCAGAGUGCUGAUAUCGAAGAUUUUAGCAACAGACCGAUGUAAUCUGAUAUUUGAUUUUUUGUUGAUAUCGGACCGAUAUCAAUAUCGUAUCAGGUCACCCCUAUACAAAUGUACUCUUUUUUUGAGUGUGCAUGUGCAAUAACUCCAUCAUCUGAUACCAAACAUGCCAUGCUGUCCUUGAUUGAUCUGCUUUAUAAAGUACCUGCUGUGCACACAGUCUGUGUUUAUGUGUGACAUGACUGUUGAGCGUAAACAUGCAUGCAAUCCUGCUGCUGUCGCACGACACCCUUGUAAAUAGAUCUAGAUUUUACACUCAUCCCGGUGCUUGUUAACACGUGUACUCUACAGUACUGCCAACAGGACUAUGGAGAGUACAGAACAUAGAUGGUGUCACUUUUAGAGGAAGGGGCCACUGUCCAUCUGUCUGCCUUGUGUUUUGGAUCUUCCUCUCCAAGAAAAUGGGGUUGAGUCUUGGUUUUCUAGUCCUCAUCAUGUCUCGUGUUGUUCUGGAGGGUUGAUGUAAGGGAAGGAGAGGUUAUCGACUGGCCAAACAGUGGUCAACUAGGAGCCGUGGAACAAUUCCCACAUCCUCUCUGUGCUUCCUAAUGUGAGUCUCUGCAGGAGAGUAAUGCAGUUACAAAGAGUCAAGGAUCGAAUUACUGACUGAGAGGAAAGGCUUUCUGCUCUCCCUGAUUUCUCUUUUGAAAGAUUUUGCCAAGAAGUGACACCAAAAGUUUGAAAUUCUGUUGAAAAUAAAAAGAAACACGGAGUGCCGUAACUGGUUUCUUGAGGCCUUCUGCUGAUAUCAACAUCCUCUUUUCUGAGAUCCCUUUUGGCACUGUUGUGUUGUGAUAUGAUGUUGCAGCUGGAGAGCACUACAAAAGCGGGACACAGCUCCAAGAUGGAGAAAUUUCACAGAGUACAAAUAGUUUUUAUGAAGCUACAAAAAGUUCCUGUUAUUGUGAAUGAUGGUUAGUACACUAAGGGAAACACGCUGCUUAGUGUCAUGAGGUUUUCCUCUUUGAGUAUUGAGUUUUUUCAGGGAUGAAAUCGAUCACAUAUGUCCGUGAAAGACUUGGUCAAAGCUGAGAUGUGUAUAACUUUCAGGCAGACAUAAGUCACGCGGUAAAUCCCCACAAAUCUGCAGGAAAUGAAACCACAACACCGCAAACUGAAAUACUUCAGGGAUGGCGUUGGGGAAGCUCCUGCCGUUUUUGGGUGUUAACCUGCUACAGUCCUCCGUGUAUCAGUGUGUGUCUGGACACUAUGGGGCAGUUUGACCCAGAAAGUAUUUGCAUGACCUUGCUACAAAUCUCAUAAGCCAGUGAAUCACUGGAUCAGACAACCUUGUUUGCAACACAGGAUGUUACAAACGCCGUAUGUCCUUCUGUCCCAGAUAUUCAUGACGGCCUUUCGUACAUGCACUCCUGACAUUUUCCUGACAGUGUCCUUGGACCAAACAGAAGCCGGGAUAUACUGUCUAAUGUAAACCUGACUCACUCCCUCCACAGCUCUGUUAGGUUGUAAAGUCUCAUUGAUUAGGAUUGUGUUAGUAUCAGAAAAUUUCAGGUAUGAAACGUUCAGAAAUGUCAGGAGUGAGCCCUGUUGAUGUCCAUCUUUGCUGGACUGGUGUCAGAGCAAUACCUGAAUUGUACCUGUAUAGUUUGAUUGUCAGUUUGCCAUAGACAGUGAUUGAUAUGUCCUGUAAAACAUAGCAAGAUUGCAAAGAUUAUACAGAGGAUGUGUGCCAAAGACAAGGAAAUUAGAUUUCUGUGUGAAUCAUGAAGAAAAGGCCCAAACAAUUUUGGGUUUUGCUUUUGAAUUGCAGAAAUUCUUUGCUUUAGUUCGAGAAAAUUUCAAGUCAUGAAGCAUCCAGAUCAGAAAUGUCAGGAAUGAGCUCUGAUAAUGUCCAUUUUAGCUGGACUGGUGCCAGAGCAAUACCUGAAUUGUACCUGCAUUGUACCUGUAUAGUUUGAUUGUCAGUUUGCCAUAGACAGUGAUUGAAAAGUCCCAUAAACAUAGCAAGAUUGCAAAGCUUAUACUGAAGCUGCGUGUCCAAGACAAAGACAGUUGAUUUUUGUGUAAGUCAGGAAGCUAAAGUCUCAAACAGUUUUGGGUUCUGCUUUUGUAGUGCAGUGUUUUUUGUUGUUGUUGCUUGUAUUGCUUUUCUUCAAGAACAUUUUGGGUCAUUAAAUGUCCAGAAACCUCAGGAAUGAGCUCUGUUGACAUCCAUUUUUGCUGAACUGGUGCCAGAGCAAUACCUGAAUUGUACCUGAAUUGUACCUGAAUAGUUUGAUUGUCAUUUUGCCAAAGACAGUGAUUGAUAAGUCUUGUUAAACAUAGCAAGAUUGCACACCUCAUACUGAAGUUGCGUGUCCAAGACAAAGAAGGUUGAUUUCUCUGUAAAUCAUUAAGUAAAAGUCCCAAACAAUGUUGGGUUCAGCUAUUGAAAUGCAGGACUGUUUUUUUGCUUUUUGAUUCAGGGAUAAAGAUUUUUGGGUCUGUUGGAUCAUGGAAAUUGCUUCUGUCAUCUCUAGUCUCUUCUGUUUUUAGUUAAGAUUUUAACUUUUGUGUCCUGUUUUGAAGUCUUUUCACUAAUCUCUGCUCGAGGUGUGGCGCAAACUAUUCACUCAAAGCAAUAAGAGAAUAGAAGUCAAGAAACAAGAGUUAUACAACACUAUUGUCAGGAUCUAAGCCUGGGAUGUAGCACACGUGUCAGAUGUCCCUCUGAGGAGGACUGUCAUCACCAGCUCUGGUUGCUAAGAGAUUCAUGACUCAUCCCCAAGAUCCUCCUGGAGGAGUCUUUUCAGCCCAUUUGAAAAACAUUUUUCUAAUAGAGUCCUUCUAUUUGCUCGGGAGUCAUCGUGACACACGCGGUGAGACAAUGCUGUAUGUAUGUGUGGACAUGGACGCAGCAGCAGUCGUCCACAGGACGGUCAGCAGGCGGACAAUGGUCUCUAUCAGUGUGUUUUCAGUCUGGUGCACCAGAGAAAACUGGGACAAUAGGAGAGCACAGAUGCCUGUAUGCAUCAGGAGGCACAUGGUUAGGUAUGCAGACUCACCAACACAUAGCCUCUACACACACACACACACACACACACACACACACGCACACACACACAGAGCUGUGGUAUGUUUGAAAAUGGCAGGAACAUGUGAUUGGAAAUGUUUUGGACUCUAUUCAGACUGCUAUCAGUUUCUCUCUGACUCUCUCUAUAUGUCUCUCUAUCUCUCUCUCUCUUACACACACACACACACACACACACACACACACACACACACACACACACACACACACACACACACACUGGUGUGAACAGGAGAACAGACAAAAGCUCUCUUGUGUGUUGUCCUGGAAUGUCUCACGUGGUGUUCAAACAGUAGAGCAAGGGGAGCUCUCGCCUAUAUAUCACCACAGGUCACAGUCUACCCUUUGACCUUUGACCUAAUCUGGUUGAAGAUAUCAUUUUCAAAAUGCGAAAUGCAAACAAAUGAAACUAAAGAGUGAUAUUCUUGUAUUUUUAGUUUUUUAAAAGGUUUAUCUGUGUGUCGUCUGCAUAGAAAUGAAAUGGGACCUAAAACUGAACCCUGAGGUACACCACAGGUAGUUAUUUCAUUAUUGGUGAAAUGCAUAUCAAGUCUUCACUGUUCAUAUUGGACUCUAAUGGUGCAGGUUCAGUAUGCUGGCCUCAUAAGAUGCACUCAGCACUUAUCCCAAGAGUGUUAUUGUGGCACCCUGGUGGGUCUAAAGUCCGGUGUGUGGGUGGGUGGACAGAUGGGAGUGGGAGAAGGAAGCCAGAGUUGUAAAAUUUAUGGUAUUUUGCUCUUUUUGCUGCCGUCAGCCGCUCUUAAAGCAGACGUAAAUGCACGGCAUCUGUUCUCUCCUUCGUUUGUGUUUAACUUUGAGAUAAUCUUCUGUUAUUACGCUCAGAUUAAAAUAUUAAAUAUGUCUCCAGAGCGGCGAACGGUCAGACCCAGACUGGCGUGGGAACAUGAAAACUCAGUCAUGUUGCAGCUAAUGGCAUUUAAAUCCCCUCAGCUGCUCACUGAGGAUAUCAGGUUACAAUCAAGGGCAAUUUAAUAACAUGCCGUGUUGCAGGAGUAUUCAGAAUAAUUAAGUUUUAAUCUAAUUCCUCUCUCCUUCGUUCCCCAGCGGGUCCCACGACAACAGUUACAGAAAAAGGAGACGGUGGAGGCCGCACCAACCCGGACUACAUCGCCUUCGUCCUGGUGCCUGUUUUCUUCCUCCUGGGUCUGCUGGGGGUUGUCAUCUGCCACGUGUUGAAGAGGAAGGGCUACCGGUGCACCACUGAAGCCCAGGAUGGAGAGGAAGAGGAGUGUGUGGAGGAGGGGAAGGAUCUGGAGCUCGGGGGAGGUAAGGAUGCCAGAGUGAAAGAAAGAAAGAUGAAAGGGGUGGAGGCAAGCGUGGAAACUUUUUGGUGUUGAAAUACAACCUGACAUUGUCUUACUAAGGCAGCCAUCAUCUUUCCUCAGAACACACCCUGGAUUAUUACUCAAGAUGGUUUAUAUUAAAACGAGUGGAUGGAAAAGAGGGGAGGUGGUCUUAUUAUUAAAGAUAAACAAAUGCAGCAUGACCUCAGACGAAGGGUUCGAACGAGUGGCUGCAGCGGUCUGAGGGACGGCCAAGAAGCGAAUAAGCUGUUAGCUCAGCGGUGUUUGUGGUGGAUGUUAUGCAACCAUGAUCCAGGUUUUUAUCAGCCUCAUGUUGACUUCUUCCUUUUUACAAAAGCAGAACUCUGCUGGUGUGUCAGUCACUCGGUAAUAAGAACAAUCAAACCCUCCCCUCUCUGAUUCACGACUCCAAACAGCAGCUUAUGUAACGUCCUCUGAAGAGUUUGGGGUUGUGGUCACUCUGAUUCGCUCCAAACUUGAAGAUGUCACAAUCAUGAUGUCAGUGUCGUUCCUGAUCUUCACAGCUGCAGCACAAAGACGCAGAAAACACCCUAAAAACUAUCUAAUGAUUAACCUCUGAUCAGUGUCUGACCCAGCUCUCCAUCAUCGUCAAAGUAAAGUCAGAGGAAGUGACUCUUAUUCGGUUUUCAAAUAAAGGUCCUCACACACCAGGAAUGACGCAAAUAUACAACGCGAAAUUACGAAAUAUUAGGAGGUGAAUUUUGACGCGCCUGACUGUACACAUCAAGCAAAAAGGAAAAGGCGCGUCCAGGGUGGAAGUGAGAAGACUGACACAACAGCAGACUGACUGUUUUCAGUUCUGAUUAGACUCUCGUGUUGAGAUGUCUGUCUGUCAUGAUAGCAUGUACUGAGUCAGGGCCAGUACCAGAUAAGCACAUUAAACUAUAAUCCAUAAACGUAAGUGGGGCUAAUUCCAGAUGAGGUCAGGACUGUAUAAUGUGCCAAAUAUGGCGAUUUUCCACCUAACGUACCACGCAUUUUGACUGAUUACUCAAAAAGUUAUGGAAUGCCCAUCAUGAAACUUGCAGGGAUGCUAGUGGACAUGAUAGUCUGUCUUAAGUGUGAAUAUGAAGAAAAUUGAAGGACGCGCGUUUUUUUUGCUAUUUCCAAUUUAAGUUUUUGGUCUUUUAUAAUUUUUUUCUGGUCCAAUUUGGGAAAAAAUGUCAUGAACUUGAAGAGAGCUUUAAAAUGACACCUGAAUCAGCUCUCUAGGUGCCAUACUUCCAGAGAUAUGAACACUUUUGUAACGCAUGUCAUGCUAGUUAGCCAAAAAUUCAUUAGCCCCUAUCUCACUAAUUAGAUGGCUUUGAACAAAAAUAUUUGAGCUCUGACAGUUUCUCCUGAGGGCCAAUCACUCCACCAAAUUUCAUCAAAAUCUGUGACGUGAGUGGCGAUUCUUGGUUGAAUUGACAUGGAAUGACCCAUAUGGUAUGUUGUAUCUGAACAGGUUAGCUUAUGAGCUAAAGUUACUUAGCACAGAUGAAAGUUAAAACAAAGACGUUUAGCAAACUGUUAAAGCACACAAACCAUCAUCAUAUGAGAAAUCCGACGCUAUGACUCUCCACAAGUUGUCCUUCAGGUCGUUAUCUUUGUAAUGUUUGUGUUUUUUAUCAAAAAUCACUCUGUUCUCCGACACGUAAACAAUUAGCCGGUCGGCCAUGUUGGAUACACUGGUGAAUCUGACGUCGCAACAACACGAAAAUCUGAUUGGUCAGAAGUGGACACACAGUUUGCGAAACUUUAGAAAAAUCGACUGUGAUACGAAAAAAUAAAUGCAGCAAUAUCGCAGGACGGGAAAAGGUUGCUGAUGUGAACGCUUGUAUUGACAGGAUACGGGUUCGAAAAAAAUAUUGACGUCCGAAAUAAUCGCAUGAGAAAAACGCUCCCGGUGUGUAAGGACCUUAAGUCUGCAGCUGCUCUCCUGACAUGUGAUGGUGAGUUUCACAGUCAGCCAUCGUGCAGUAAAAGCACCGACUGUUCCCACCUGACCUUGAGUACUGACAGCGCCGUAUGACAUUCCUCUGUUUAAUGAGUUUACAGUGAGCCAGGUACUCGAGGCGCCGACGGAGUUUAGUUAAAUUACACCAGCGUAUUAUGAAUGACACCUUUUAUUAGCUUAAGUUUCAGAGUUGGAAAAAACUUCUCAGCUGUCGUCAUAAUCUUGUUUAGCUGCGGCCUUAUCAACGCCAAAUCCCUUCAUUGUCUGUCUCUUUUAAGGAGUGGAGGCAGGAAGACGUUUCUCAUUCACAUCGCUCGUGUUGUGACGUAACCACAGCCGCGUUAUGUAAUAUGAAACCCAAAAAAAUCCUACGGUUUAAUUUUCCCUCGCCCCUGGAUGUGAACCGUAGAUAAAACUGGAUUCCUGGGACCUUUGCAUCCAUCUUUACAGUUUGAAGUCAGAGCAUGUGAUUGUGUUUACCCUCUUUUAUGACUUUUAUUUAUUUUUCUUUUAGUAAAAAUGUUUUUUUUUUGCUGCUGUAGUGUCAGCCUUUCUUCUUGUAAUAUACCGAGUGUUUACUGAGCGCCUUUCCGUGGAAUCCCAUCAAUGAUUAGCUCAUUAUUAAAGUGCAGCAGGACUUGAAAAGGACGAGUGUAAAUCUGGUUUCUCCUGUGCGGUGUGAGCUCCCUGCCAGCAGCACAUUACUCCAGAGUGCUCUGGGGUUUUUCCCCCGCUGUCUCUGUCAACAGGCCCAACCCUGAAAACAAAAGAGCAGGAAAAAAAAAAUCAAACAUCACAUGCGUGUUCCUAUGAGCGCGCUCAUUCGGUCGAUCCAUGCGUCUCUUGUUUCGCAAUGAUCGGGUUUCCUCUUUCUCUUUUCUUUCUGUGUCUGUCAGCUCUUUGUCACAGAUUGGAAUAAGAGGUUAAGAGCCCUCUUUCCUCUUUUGCUGCUUAAAAGUCAACAGUGCUGCCCGAUAAACAGGUGAACAGGUUUAUUCUCAUCAGCGUAAAUAAAAAAAAAAAAGAGAAAGCAAUCAGCAGGAAGCUGUAGGAAGUGCCUCCCAGGGGUGUGUGCAGCUGUGCUCUUCCUAUAGACCACAGUUCAUAGCACAUUUAUAUCUAUUAUGAAUAAUGCAGGGUUUAAAGCUCCUGUAAGGAAUUUUUGGCUUGUGGUUUCAGGCUUUAAAAAUCACCAAAAAGUAAUCACUUUUGCAGUUUGUAGUCUUGUAUGCAUUUAGAUUUAAUAAAAAGCACUUCUAUGAGUAUGAGUCUAUGUGUCUUUAAAAAACUCUCCACAGGAGCUUUAAAUUUCAUAAUAUCACAGUUUUUCAUUUAAAAAAUGAUGCUCUCAGUUAUUAUUGAUUACAAUAAAAAAACUGAAGAAGAAACCAGAAAGAUGAAGCCGAGAUGGGUCUCAAACUUGUCACCUCAGCCGCUUUGCUAGCGUAUUUAUAAAUUAUGACAUUAGCUGUAAUGUGAAAGACCACAAAGAAAUAUUAUUGAGCUGCAGUUUACCCUAGCGUCUUUAAACUCUCCAUUCUGGUUUUCAAGUCCUCACUUUUGUUUCUCACGAACUCUCACUGCUGUCAUCUGUGUGAUUUCAAACAGAGACAGGCAAAUAUAAGAAAGGUUGUUGUUUUUCUGUCAAUCAUAACAAAUUAAUAGUCACAGUUAGUAGCUAAAUGGACUUUAAGGGCCCGUCUCCACUUUUUUAUUUACUUUUUUUUUUUUGCAUUGGCAGCACCUUCCAACUCAAAUUCAGAAUACAUCUUAAGUGUGUUUGUCCCCCUAUUCCUUGAUAGUGACUGUUAAUUCUGUUUUAACUUGCUUAUUGUGCUUUUUAUUUAUUUAUUUUUUCAGGGAACUUUAUUAUCAAAAAAUAAAAACAAUGCAAAGGAAGCCAGGAAACUGUAGCCUCAAAACAAACUAACAAACAAAACCUUUGCUAUUGGUGAUGAGAAAAUUGUUCAGUUUUAAUGUGAAUGCUUAAAAAGGCUUAACUGCAGUGGAGUUACUGUAAAUAUGCCCCCUUCUACUUUUUAAAAAUGCCUUCAGUGGACACAGGCCCUUACUGCAUUUCCUUAGUGAAAGCUGAAUCAGAUCUCAAAUGGUGGAGGAUUUUAAGCUUAUUUUUACAGGUUGCCAGGAUCUAAAUACACUGUAUUUUGUCUGGAAUGAGUUUGUGAUGAUAAAGUUGAGUUUGUUGUACUGACGUUAAGUUUUUUUUUUUAACAGGAAAAUCAAUGAAUACAACUUUACGAGUAAAAACAAACCCGCUAACAUCAAAACAAAUAAUGACUCCUUCAGCCUCAUAUUAGUGUCAGUGGUACUACUUGAUUUCUUCUUCUCUGUGGGUCCAUGCUGAAGUUUCCACCAGACUCAUUGUUUGCAUUCCUGCUCGGACGAAGUCGUAAAAAACCACUGAAGACACGUAAACGAGCUGUCAAGUUUACAAGCUCUGUUAAAUUUGGAUUUAUGGGUUUCCUGUUUGGCACUUGUGUCUCUUACUAAAGGAUUUCAAAUACAAAAUUUUGGGCUAUAUUUAACUCACUCUGCUUGUUUUUGCUGUUUGUGUGAUGGCGAGCGUAAUAUUAAUAGAAGUACUUUUGUUUGUGUCGCAGAUUUUAACGACACCUUCAGCGACAACAACGACACAGUCGGACAGAUCGUCCGUUACAUCAUGAAAAAUGAAGGUAAGUGUCUGACGUAUUAAGAUCAGGGUCUGUAGCAAACAUUGACUGUAUUUGGACUUCUAUCAGGGACCACAAAGUUAGUACACCUUGCACUGUUUGAUUGUGUUGAGAGGUUCAUUGUUCCUGUACAGCCCAUUCAGGAAGGAAGUGUGUGUUUCUGUGGAGCUGCGGAGGUGUGUUUUUGUUCAAGGAAAGUUCACCUUUAGGACACGGGAGUCUAAAUACUUCCUGUGAUGAAUGUGGUUUCACACGAUGAGAUUUCCAGCACUAAGGAUUUCUACAGAAGUCAUCUAGUUGUACUAUUUCUACAGAGUUCUUGUGAAGUUGGAAAUGAGUCAGGUUGAUUGUCGGUUACAGCGCCCACCCUCUACAGACCAGGACAAAGAAAUAGAAAUGAAGAAUCAGACUUUAGAGAGAUGCUUAGCUUUAAAUCUGGACUCGUUUAAGAGGCAUAGGAGGAGAAAUCAUGGCUCAAAAGGAUUCAGUUAAAGUUUCCACUUCCUGUUCAGAAUUACACAACAUGAGGCUGAAAGUCCUCACAGCGGCACAGGUUUGAGUCCAGCCCUUAUGAUUCACUGCCCCUACAUCUCCACCAUAUUUCCUGUUUGUCUAUUUGUGUUUGUUGGACAUUUGUCGUCAACUCUAUUUUAACCAAGAAGAAGAAGGAAAAUUUUAUUUAAUAGGGCUGAUUAAUGGCAUUUUUAAGUAUUCAGUAUCAUAUCAGCAUCGGCCCUCACAAGGCGGAUAUCAUUUUAUGUUUUCUGAAUUAACUUGACAUCUAUUUUAAACAUGUUACUGGCUUAAAUAACCAUGAAUAUUUGAUUUUAAUGUGCUGGUAUAACAGUUAAAUAACUAGCAACUAUAGCUGGGCUGAUUAUUGGCAUUUUGUUGUACUUGGGCCGAUAUCACCAUUAUCUCUUCUAUAUUAAAUAUCUAAAUCCUUGAUAAAUUCAGAUUUAAGACCCUAUUGGCAAUAUCGGCCAUCUCUCAUUGUCGGCAUUUGAAACACGGAUUCAGUCGACCACUGCUGCCUAAAAAUUAGUUUCAACAAGGUUCUUAUUUACAUCCCACCCAACAAAAAGUGGUUGAAAAGACGUUGUUUAGACGUCUUCACCAUACCUCUAAACAACAUCUAGAUUCCGUACAUCUAAAUAAAGCCUGGUUUUCAGUCUUUUUUUGGGCUUAAUUACAGCCAUGACGGGCCGACGUAAUUUAGCCUGAAAAGAGACAUCCAAUGAUGUUGGGUGUUUGGUGAGAUAGUUGUCAACAACUUUGACUUUUCUUAGUCAGUUGAUGAAGGAGUAACAUAAAGUGAUCAAUUGUAUCCCAUACUACCAACUACAGUCAAACAAAAAUAGAAAAAUAUUGAUUUAAAAAUGAUCUAUUGUUUAUUUAUCCAUACAACUAAGAAGAAAAGGAGUCAAUCUGAUCUAAUAGUUGGAUAUGUUUCCAUGGAAACAGAUUCUGAAACAUUAAACUGAACAUUUCAGUUUACAAUCAAAUUUAAACAUGUGUCCGAGGUGUCUUUAUUUCCCAACUCUCACACCAACAUACAGAAAAUACAGUUCGAAAAGCAAAUGUUGAAGUAAAAACAGGCUGGACGUUUUUCUGUCUUUGACUUUUUAGGUCAUUUUGAAAUAAUGUCGAAGCAGAAAACCAUCUCUUAAAUGUCUUUAAAUAUGACUUUGACUAGAAUAAAGUGUUAAAUAAGAGCCUGAAUGAGUAAAAUAGGUCUCACUGUUUUCUAUGAACUAUGAUCAGACCCAACCCCCGACUCUUUUCCACGAACCUUGAUCUGACUCAUCUGAACUGCGGUAACGUGGACGUUUGUACAGCAGGAAGGAAUCCCUCAGCUGUGAGUCACUCUCACCAUGUCAGCCCGGUCACAUGGUGUGGUUCAUGAUUUAUAAAUAAACAGACUUACAGCUUUGAAGUCUUCCCAAAUAUAACCAAGAAGUUUCGUGAAGACUUGGGGAGGAAAUCUGUGUCUGCAAAGGACGGAACAAAGAAGGACUGAGUGGACACCAUGAGUCGCGGCACAGUCCUUUAAAUCUGAGCAAAGACUGCCAUCUACAGAUCAUAUCAGUGCAAAGGCAUCAUUGACAGACUUUGUGAGAUAUCAUAUCAGGGUUUAUCUGCUGUGUUUGUUAAGCUGGAGUAGUUUUAUGUGUAAAUCUACUCAAAAAUGUACUCAUGUUUGAUGAAUAAGACUGCUGAAUGGACCAAAAACCAACAAUCAAACCUUGAUGGGUGAAAGAAUGAGCAAUAAGCAACAGUAGUAAUCUAAUUCACCCAGACUAGACCAAAAAAAGCAAAACUACAUUUUCAAAAAUCAUUUUAGUUUCUCUCUUUUACUUUAAAAACUUGCUAAAAUUUAUCAUCUUAAAGAAUCAGAGCAGAAAAUGUUGCAUUCAAGAGCAACCCAGAAACCAAAAAUGGUCAUAUAUACAUAUAUAAUUAAGGUCUUCUGAGAGUCCUUGAGGUUCAUGCGUGAGGGCUGCGUUGCCAGGAUAAAAUAACCAAAGCAAAAACAACUUGAUUAUACAUUCAGCCUGAAUAAUAACUUGAAGUCAUCUGGCUUGUUCUUGUAAAAACCCCUCAGUGCCUGAUGAUGGUAUGAGGGCGAUACAAGGAGGACAAAAUUAGUCAGAUGACCUUGCUUGUUGCAUCUAUACCCGAAUAUGAAACUCCUUCAUGAGUCAUCCGUGUCUCUUCUCCUGGAGGUACACACGAGCUCUUUUAUCUUCUGCACGCUCAUGUGGGAUUCAGUGAAUGCAUCACGGGCAGGCCGUGGGGAAAUCUGCGUCUUUAAGCACAUUAUGGAAAUCUGCGUCUCGGUGUUGAUGUCUGACUUUAUUUAACCGUGCAAAAAUCAUGACCUUUAAAUUUCCUGAGUCAUGCUCUGGAGUUUUGUUGCUCCUGUGUUUUUUUUUCCCACUCCUCAGAGGUUGUUGUGUGCAUGUGUGGUGUGCCGUUUAAUUGUGUUAAUCCGUUGUAGCUAUCUUUCAAUAAGCGCUCUGCUUUUGAAGUCACUGAACCGCACUGCUCCUGCUCUCUAAUUCCCAGCGCUACUUUUAUCUCACCUUCCCUCUGCUCCUCCUCUAACUUUCUCUCUUUUCUUUUUCAGCCAACUCAGACGCCCUGAAAGCCAUGAUUCAUGAUAACAGCAUCGACUCUGACGGGUGAGUGCCCCUCUUUUUACCGCCAGAUGGCAGCAUUAGUCUCCAUGAGAGGCUUCACAGCAGACAGGAGUGAGUGUAGCUGGAGAAGAAAAUAAACAGAGAGGACAGUCAGCCUCAUUUCUCUUCUGAUUCGUCUUCAGAUUGGCAGGAUUUCAUUCAGAGUGAGCAGCUGGUUUUGUAACACUCAGAAUUUAAUCUGGUUCAUCAUCCAUGAUCACAUCUAAAAACCCAAACUGAGGUACUCUUUCAAGAUAAACUCCAUAUUUAGACAGAAAAACUUUAAAUCCUUUUUUUUCGGUUUCCAGAAAGUACAAACUUAGUUUUAAACAAAACUUAUUUUCAACAUAUUCUAAAUUUGACAGUUUCAUUUUUCUACGCUUUCUGUUUUUAACUCCUCUGACAACAGGAAAUAAUUGGUAAAAUACAUAAAAAUACGUGGGUGAGCUGUAUGUGUGAACAGUGUUCUGUUCAGUUUCGCUGCUUUGUAGGAAAAUGUUUCUGUGGUACAGGUUGAUAACAGAGUUCGUUGGUAUGUGUUAGUGAAUCAUGAUAUCAAGGUCCUUAACAGUUUGCUGUCAACUAAAUUUCUUGGUGGGAGACCCUGGAAUUUCCCUGAAAUGUUACUGAGAUUAUCCUGAAAUUUUCCCGACAUGUUCCUAAAAUCUUUUUUUAAAUUUUCUUGAAACUUGCCUGAAAAUUUAAUGAGAUUUGCCUAACACAUUAUUGAAAUUUUACUGAAAUGUUCCUGAGAUUUUUUGUGAAACUUUUCUGAGCUUUUCCGAGGUUUUCUUGAAACCUAACUGAAAAUUUCAUGAGAUUUUUCUAAAAUGUUCCUGAAAUGUUCUUAAAACUUUUCCAAAAAUUUCCUGAGCUUUUCUUGAAAUUUUCCUGAAAAUUCAUGAGAUUUUCCUUAAAUGGUCCUAAAAUGCUCUUGAAACUUCUCUAAAAUUUACCUGACAUUUUCGGAAAACUUUCCUGAACUUUCCUGAGGUUUUCUUAAGACUUAACUGAAAUUUUCCUGAAACUUGCCUGAAAAUUUCAUGAUAUUUUCCCAACAUAUUACUGAAACUUGCCUGAAUAUUUAAUGAGAUUAUCCUGAAAUUUUCCCAACACCUUCCUGAAUUUUUUUUUUGAACUUUUCUUAAAACUUUUCUUGAAAUUUUCCUGACAUUUUCGUGAUUUUUGUCUGAGCUUUCCUAAGGUUGUCUUGGCACAAAAUUUUUCUGAGAUUUUUUUUUUUUAACUUUCCUGAAAAUUUCAUGAGAUUUAUCUAAAAUGUUUCUGAAAUUUUACUGAAAUGUUCCUGAGAAUUUUCCUGACAUUUUCAUGAAAUGUUCUUGAAAUACUUCUGAGAUUUUUUGAAACUUUCCUGAAAUUCUUCGGGUGUAUCUCUGAAAAGGGACUUAGCAUUUGCUUUAACACACUUUUGCUUUUUUAUUCCUUUGGGCACAUCAUGAAUGAUGCAAGUACAUUAAAAUCAGUUUUUCAGUGUGAUUCAGAAUGAUUUCAGUGGAGUUAGGCCUUAAAAUACAUGUCAAACUUUAAUAUUCACAUUUUAAACCUUGUGUCUUCAAACAACCGUGCAUCAUAAGAUCAGGACGUGGCGGUACAAGCUGAGAUUAGCCGUCUUCACUUUGCUUUGCUGUCAGAUAAAAGGGAGAGCGAGUCGGGCAGAUAGACAGAGGAGUGAGAGCAAAUUGAGUUAGCCGCGUAUGUUUCCCCUCUCUCUCCUCCUGUCAUCUUUCUCGUACCCACUACUUAUUGUUCUGGGAGGAAAAAGGCUGAGAUAAAGAGGGAAAAUGUUCCCCUUUGUUGGGAGGAAUCAGUGUGGAUAAAUGGUAGGAGCGGACUGAAGAUUAGGUUUUGAGGUUUUCUGCACAGUCACAUUGGGUGUUCAGAGAAAAAAAAAUCUGCAAACGCACACAUUUCCCCUGCGUCACUUUCAUGUCUUUAGCUCCCUCAGUUUUCCCUCCAAAUCUGUUUUUAUUUCACACAGAUUUCUUCCAUUUUUUUGUCCCUCCCUGUAGUACUCUCCCUCUUUCUUUCUUUCUCUUUGUUAUAUUCCCUCUCUCCUUUCCAGCCAGGUUGGGCAGUCUGCCAGUGGAUCACUUAGAGAAGGGAGAAGGUGGAGGAGGGAGGGAGAGGGGUAUCAGCGGGGGUAAUUUAUGGGACACUUAAAGGGGGAGACAGACAGGCAAACAGAAAGAGAGGGAGUAAAAAAAGAAAAAGAGAGGGAGAGAGGGAGGGAUGGAUAGUGACUGUAGUGUGGCCAGGCCUCGCUAUCUCUCCCUCCAGAUUUGGUACUUAACUCGCCUCAGUGCUGCUCUCCACGUCAGUCCUCCAGCAUCCACCUCUCCUCCAUCCCUCUGUCCCAUCGACUCAUCUCUCCUUUGCCAUGUCAGUUUAACUCUUGAGGAUCCAGAGUUUUCUAUCUUUGCUCUCACUCCUCAGCUCUCCAAUAAUAAUGCAAAUAUAAAACCACACGGGCUUUUGUGUUGUACUAUUUGCCUGAGCUCAACCCUCCUCCCCUGCUUUCAUACUUCCAAAGCUCCAGAGAAGUGUUAUUUUAGGGGUUGUCAUGAAAAGCCUCGCCAGUAGAGGGCAGGCUGUUAUUGCAGAACGAUAAUACCCACAGGUGCUCAACAGUGACACCUGGUUAUAAUGCUUGAGUGUCCACUUUCUUAUGGCCGCUCGGUUCCCUGUGUGUCUGUGUGUGUCCGUUGCUGCAGUGACUUGUCGUACUGUAGCUCAUUAAAGCUGUUUGUCCCCUGACACACACUCACAGGAACACUCACACUGUUUAUUACAUUUUCAUGUCAGUGAGCACAAACUCCGUUCACUCCAGGUUUGUGUGUAAACAAUGCGAAGGACCGCUCUCAUGGGUCAUAAAACAUUCAAACAAAGAUCCUCUGAAAAAAGAGUCACUAAGAAAGAGUUGUAAAAAAGUGUUCGACUCCUUUUUUCUCUUCGUUGCAAACAAAACAUCUUAACAUGACGGCUUAUUUCUCUCUCUCUUUCUUUCUUUCUGUAGUCCUCCAAUGACUCCCACUUCCCCCGGCACGCCAACCCCUCCACUGACUCCCAUCUCGCCGGGCGCACCUCCAGGGGCGGCCAAGCACACCUGCAACCACCUGCACACCAUCGGCGGCCUGGGCGGCCAGAAGAACAUCUGCACGCGCUGCAGCCAGAAGAAAUGGCCGCUGAUGAGGAGGCCGUCGGCGCGCAAAACGGAACAGCGCCGCAGCCACCACGGGGAGGUCACGGUGCUGGCUGUGGGCAGGUGGGCAGGUGUGUGUGGGUGAAACGUGAGGCUGGAAAAGCAUGAGAUUUAUAUGCUUCUUCAUGAGGCUUUAAACAUCCAUCUCGCAGAGUAAACACACGUAUUUAAUAAUACGCCUAUAAUAUGGUUUCUGAGCGCUUUGGCACCAAACUAGUGAACUUAAAACCCACAGGUCAAGGGGUCAGGGGGAAUCCUGGAAAUAAGAUGUUGUUUUCAGUGUGUGUGUUGAGAUUUUGUGUGACGUCUCAAUGGUUAACUCGUGUUUUGGAAACAGAGAUACCUAACAGGUCUCUACCAAAGUUGACUCAGACAUUUGGAGCUGCUUGUUGCAUCAGGUGUUUCAAACUACUUUUUUUUUUUCACCCAGAGCUUUAAUAUUCUGUUUUUCUUUUUGUAUUUGACAGGAUAGAGGAGUUUUUAACUGGUUGUGAAAUGACUGGAAUAAAUAUUGAUGUCUCCUCAUGGCCUACAAAAGCAAACCCAGACCAUCAGUAACUAGUUAGACGUAGCUUUUGGGUGUUACUUUUUACACAGCUCUAAAACUUAUGCAAGUACAGAAAACAUCUUAGGCUAGCUGUUAGCACCCAUGUUAGCUCCCCUUUAUUCGUUAGCUGUUGUAAUAAAGUUACAGAUAUGUUAUGGCGCCUACCUUUCAUUGAUGGAACAGCCGCAGAUCUCCAGUAUUUGUUCAUUCUAGCCUUUGUUGACAAAUAGGUCAACGUUGUAGUGAAUGAGUACAAACAGCAACAUUUUGAUGGUUGGGUAUUGUUGUUCCAGACACAUAAAAGCUUUCAGCUGUCUUCUGAUGCCUUGUCUACACAGAGGUGAAAACUAUAUAAUGGCGUUUUGUUUUGAAAAAGUCUUUUGUAAAGACGAAAUCAUUUUAAGAAAUGUUUGCAUAAACAUGAAACCACCAAAAAUGAUGCAGUGCAUAUCCCAAGCCAGUAAGUAGCGCUAUAACUCUGCCCCGGUCAUGCGCUAAAAGACGGAGGAAGAGUUCACAGCAUGUGGAUACGCUGUGUGCUGUAAUCAUUUCAAGAGAAAUGCCUUUUCACAUCCACACAGAGAAGAAAAGGUAGCCAUAUACCAAUUAAUGCACUCUGUCACCCGUUUUCAAAAAGUAUCGUCACCCCGAAACGCCAAAAUUUCUAGCAUUUACUCCUGAAUGUGCUUCCGUGUGGACAAGGCCUAAGUCAGCAUGUGAAAAUUUAGAAGACUGCCUGAGUGGGCGUGUCCUUGAAAGAGCUCCAUUGAAGCUGUUGGGUGGGCGUGUCCUUCAGCAUCGUCCUGAUUGGGCGGCAGAGCCUGACAUCACGUUCAGAUUAACCAAGCUUGUUUUGCCAGGUUAAAGUUUUAGAUACGUUUUAAAAAAGCUGAUUUAAGCGAGAUGAAACAUCUUUUCAACUCUUAAUGCAUUUGAAGUUUGUGUGAAUCCAGAGAAAAAAGUGGCGAACUUAUAGAGAUGUAAUAAUUAAGAGUAUUUUUAAGGCCAUCUCAAAUUAAAUUCAGACCAUUACAUUGAAUCAAAAGUUGUGUUUUGCAUUUUCAUGCUGCAGGGGAAAAGUGACUUUUUUCAGUGUCUAAUAAAAGGUAGAAGACAACAGACUAAACCCUGACUCUGCCUCCAAAAUAAAACAUGUCCCUGAUCUUUAAAUUAAAGACCACCUUUCACAGUCCACCAGCGUGUGCAGCCUCGUCCUCGGCUCUUAACAAUCCAGCUCAACAUCCUGCUGUGAGCUGAUUGGAAUUCAGAGAGGCUGCUUUCAUUUCAGGCCCAGAUGAAUGGACACGCACACACGGGGUCAACACGACCUGGAUACGAAUAUUCAUUCGCUGAUUUAAUUAAAGCUGCCGGAGUGUGUGUAUGUGUGAGUGUGUGUGUGUGUGGGAGGAAGGAGGUGUAAACUUUAGGUGAGAGUCAUAGUGGAGCUGAUACCCACUGAGUCAUGCUACACUCAUUAAAAGACUAUUUCUGUGUUUCGGUACAUUAUUUACAAAAAUCACCUGCAAGCACAGCCAGACAUGUUCUGUUUUAUUUUGACCCAGAUAAAUCUUUCCCCCCGGGGUUUCUUUGUAAAAGUUUGAAAAGAGUUGCUCAGUAAUCACCGUCCUCGGUGUUUGUUAUUUCUGAUUUGACGAGUCAGCUCUGCUUCCAAAACUUUUAACAUUGUUUAUUUGCUCGCUGUUAGGUUCAGGGUGACAAAGAUUGAAAAACCAACGAGGGAGAGGCGGACUCUGCUAAUAUCAGACUCAAACGGCAGCGUUCCUACGUCCCCCGUGGAGUCAGAGCCGAAGAGCCGGACCACGUCAGAGUCCCAGCAGGUCUGUAUCCUGGAAACGUCUCCUUUUUUUCUCUCUCUCGCUCUCUCAUCAGGCUACUCCCCACUGAUGCUCAGUGUUUAAAUGAGUGUUGUUUGUGAAAUGCCAAACCACUGAUGUAAGUGUGCUUGUCAGUCCUGAGCGCGCUCACAGUCCAAAUCAAAUUAGUUUACGAAGCACUAAAACUUUGUACGUAUGAGGAAAAUGUAUAAAAAAGGAAAUGAUUGCAAAGAGCAGGGAGGGAGAAAAUCAUCAGUAUAGGGCACAAAGAGAGAACUGAUCGAUUAAUGGUUUUGGGAGGUAGAGAGAGAGACCUGAGUGUCAUCGGUGUAACAUUUGAAUAAGAGGUUAUGUUGAUGACAUUAUUUUACUGAAUUGGAAAAACAAAGUGGGCUGAGGAUGGAGCCCUGACGCCCUUACGCCCUUGUAAGAAUGCUCACAGUUCUAAAAAGUUGUACAUAUUAGGAAAUUGCAUAAAACCCCCCAAAAAAUUACAAAGACAGGGAGGGAGAAAAUCAGCAAUAAGGGGCACAGAAAGUCUGCUAUAUCAAAAGAGAGACCCAACUGUUCAAUUUAUGUUUAAUAGGAGAGAGAGAGAAAUAGCUCAGUGUCAUCAGCGUAACAUUAGAAUAAGAGGUUAUGUUGACGACAUAAUUUUACUGAAUGGGAAAAACAAAGUGGGCUGAGGACGGAGCCCUGAUGAACACCAGAGAAUAGACUUGUUUGCUAAAAGAAUCACUUUCAUUUAUGGUUAAUCUUCCAAUGUUUUAUUGGGAGCAUUGUGACCUUAGGCCCUUGUAAGCAUGCUCACAGUUCUAAAACAUAUAUGUGAGGAAAUUGCAUAAAAACCAAAAUAAUUACAAAGACAGGGAGGGAAAAAAGCAACUGUCAAGGGCACAGAAAAGUCCGCUAUAUAGAAGGAAGCCACAUACAGAGACCUGACUUAUUAAUUAAUGGUUUUGGGAGGUAGAGAGAGAGAGACUUGAGUGUCAUCGGCGUAACAUUUGAAUAAGAGGUUUGUUGACGACAUAAUUUUACUGAAUGGGAAAAACAAAGUGGGCUGAGGAUGGAGCCCUGAUGGACGCCACAGAAUAGACUGGUUUGCUAAAAGAGUCACUUGCAUUUACUGUGAAUUUUCCGAUGUUUUAUCAGGAACAUCGUGACUUUACGAUCUUAUAAGAUAAAAGGUCAUAAAGUUUCUGCUCGGCUAAUUAAAAAUAAAUACAAAUAGUCAAACGUUUACUUAGUCACCAUUUUGGAGGCUGUAUUCGAAGAUUUUGCGUGCCAAAUACAUGUCUGUAACAUGUUUAACAUUGUUGUCUUGAGACUUUUCUUUAUCCUUUCGUAACCUCAAACUUUUUUUAGCUAAAAAGGAAAAAUCCUGAUGGACUCGCCUCUGUCUAAGAAGCUGUUUCUGUAUGUUGGUUAAGAUUUAAGUCCUGAAAACAGGAGCACAGCUUCGUUAUCCGGCUCAGGGGUUUUAUAGAUCCAUGUCUGUUCAGGUUCACGUGCUUUGACUGAAUCAACAUCGAAACCUAAUUUGUUUUAGGGUGAAAACAUUAACUCAUGAUUCAUCCAUGACACAAAUAGAACAGAUCUAUUUUCAGCUUUACAGGACGUUAAACAUCCGGGUUUGUUUCUUUUCAAACUAUGAGCUCAUGAGCUUUCCAUUGGAGGGAGUGAACGAACCUUUACGGCAUAAAAGUGACUGAUUAACGGAUGACUAUUUCCUGGUUUGAACCAAGAUUUCUCUUUCUCCAGGCGGACGAUGCAGACAAAGAAAAACGAUAGAAACCAAAGGUAGGACGUCUUUCUCUCUCUUUCUUCUCUAAAUGUGUUUUUUUCUUCAUGUCUUGGUCUCAACAUGUUUUUUUCUUUUUUUUGCAGGUUUUUCAAAGGAGAGGACAAAAAACAACAUUUGGACACUAAGUAAAAAACCCAAACCAGAACACUCAGACAUCAGCACUGGAGGAGAAAAACUCGUCCCUCUGUUAUCGCAGCUCCACCAGAGCCCAAAGUGCUGCUGCUGACGGUGUUGAUGAGAGUGACGGAGGCAAAAAAAAGUGACACGCAGAGUCACACCAGCGCUCCAUUUCCUACUGUCGUACAUGUACAAUAGUGCCUUGCUCUUGGACAAUAGCAGGGUGGCUGUUUGAUGCUGCUGAACCACGUUGUGUGUACAUAGGAUUUUGUAUGAGGGCGUUUUAAACAUCAGCCAGUUAAUUAAAGUGCGCCCAAGAAACCGGAUGAGCCAGUCUGAGAUUAAAUAUUGUUAUUCCCAAACAGGACGCAGGUACAACCUGAUCGCAGGACAAGGAAGUAGAAAGAAGCGCGGCAUCCUGGAGUGACGUGAGGAUGACGUCAGCAUUGAGUGGGUCAGAAAAACGCUGCUCAGUCUGACCGUGUCACAUUGUCUUAUCAUUUUUCUGGUUUCUCACGCGCAGAAGAGCCACAGUUCCAUCUUUAAACGUACAUUUGUUGAUUUUCUUCGCCCCUCUUCAGCUUCAACGUGACGGUUAUAAAUUACAGAGCUGCCAAAGUGCACACGGAUGAAUGUAAACACUCUUCUUUUACCUCUGUUUCAGUCUAAUCCAGAGCCAUACUAUUCAUCGAAAAAUGGACAGGCCUUCGAAUAAAAAGUGCCUCAGUUGCAUCAUGGGAAAUGUAGGACUUGAGGCUCAAAGAAAAGUCACUAAAGCUCGACCUCUUUGUCUUUGAUUUUAAUCGUUUUUUUUUUACUUUGUGUUUAUUUUUCUUCUUCUACGUUGUUUUUCUGUCUCGUCUCGUGAAUGUGUCUCGUUUUUUUUAAAACACACUGUUUUGUAAGUAUUAACAUGGAGCAGUUUGCUGUGUUUUUAUUGUUGUGUACUGUAUGAAAAAAGGCAAAUAAAGAUGACUAAUGCAUAUCAGACUGUAGAUAA